UGUACGCACAUGCAUACAUCAGGCCCCAAAUUGGAAAACAGUGAAGCAAUAACUGUACAGUAUAAUUAACAAUGCAUGCGUUUUAACUACUAAAAAAUCGCUCUGUUGUGUGUGCGUGUUUUAGACGCAUGCACUCUUCUAGUUUAGGGAUGAAGCAACGCUGCGAAAUUUAUUCACCUGUAAGCUUUUGAGCUGUGUGUCAGUGCGAGUGGAGCUGGCAAAAAUAGAUUUAAGAUACGGCACAUUACUCUAAGAAAGGUUACAUCGACGUGUUUGUGGUGAUAUUGCCUCUUUCUCUGCUGUUGCUGCUUUCUCUCGGGCUGAGCUGUUGCUUCUCGGUGAAUGAAUGAAGGCGCGUCACUGCGGUGCUCCCUCAACAUGGCCGUCAGCGCGCUGGACAUGGACGCCUGAUCAGACACACUUUCACUCGCUAGGAUGUGCGAAACGGCCUCGGUUUGCAUAUGCUUCUGUUUUGCGGUCGACUUGAUUACUGACAACCGAUAAAAUCACAGCCUUGCUGAUUCAGCCCCGGAUGAAGGCCAGUGCUGGAGCCCCGGGCUGGAUUUGAGAAGCGGCGCUUGAAAGAGUUUGUGCAGGGUGUACAAUGUUUUGUUGCGUGCCAGAGGAAGAGGAGGCUGAGCACUCUGACUAGUGUGGAUGAGAGCACAGUGCCGUGAUGCUGUGCUGUGGCCGAGCUCUGGACUCUCCCUGUACUCUGGCUCUGCUGGUGGGUUUCCAGUUUGCAUUUGUGCUCUAUUUCUCCUUGGGAGGCUUCCGUAGCCUUGUCUCUGUGCUGGUGCACUCCUCAGAACCUGAGUUUGACUACUCUCGGCCGCAUGAUGUCUACACUAACCUCAGCCAGCUCAGUGCCCUGCCGCCCCCUCAUCCGAGCGGAGCUGAGCCACAGCUCAGGAGCUGCUUGUUGCCAUCACCACUGCUUGUGGGUCCUGUGUCUGUUCGCCUGUCCUCCCCCCUUUCUCUGGAGGAGAUAAAAGUGAAGAAUCCUCUGGUGACCCCAGGAGGCCAUUACCGUCCUACGGACUGUGAACCGAGACAUCACACAGCUAUCGUGGUCCCCUACAGAAAUCGGCAGAGCCACCUGCGAACACUCCUCUACCAUCUGCACCCGUUCCUGCAGAGGCAGCAGAUACACUACGGCAUCUACAUCGUACACCAGUCAGGAAACUCGACAUUUAACCGUGCAAAACUACUGAAUGUGGGAGUGCGGGAAGCUCUGAAGGAGGAAGACUGGGGUUGCAUCUUCCUCCAUGAUGUUGACUUGCUUCCAGAAAAUGACCACAACACCUACACUUGCCACCCACAGUACCCCACUCACCUCUCUGUGGCUAUGGACAAGUUCAGAUACAGGCUUCCGUACCCUCAGUACUUUGGUGGAGUGUCUGCUGUCACUCCAGACCAGUACCUCAAGAUGAAUGGCUUUCCAAAUCAGUACUGGGGCUGGGGAGGAGAGGAUGAUGACAUUGCUGCUCGAGUUCGUCUAUCUGGGAUGAAGAUAGUGCGCCCUCCUGUGGCCGUGGGUCAUUAUAAGAUGAUUAAGCAUAAAGGGGACAAGGGUAAUGAGCAGAACCCCAGAAGGUUUGACUUGUUGAAGCACACCAGGUUAAAUUGGAGGUCAGAUGGACUCAACUCGCUCACUUAUGAGCUCCUUUCCAAAGAGUUAGAGCCGCUGUACACCAACCUGAGUGUCAACAUUGGGGAAGACCCUCACCCUCCUCCCAAAAAGUUUGCACUCCCUAAAAAUGCUUCUUAUCCAGCGGCAAGACCCAAAGACAGAGAAAAAGACAAAGGAACACUAGGAUGGCAGUCCACUCAAGUUACCAAAUUAGACGAGGGUCACUUAAAAGUAACCAAUACGAGUUCAGAUGUUGGUCAGAAAGAUGUCGUGAAACAGGAAAUUGUUUGAUGUCAUAGACGUAGUCCAUAAAGCGUUGGCACUACAAGUGGAUUUGUACUGUGCCCGUUUGCUUAGUUUUCUCUUUAAUAUCAUUGAGUUUUGCACUGAGGUGAGCUUGCGGGUAAGUUGAAUCAUUGCACUGAUUGUCUACAGUGGCAUGGUGUCAUUUGCACAGACCUCUGCUGUACCAUUUCCUGACGAUCUCCUUGCCACGGAACUCAUCUGAGUGUGAACUGAGAUAAGCAUUAAUGAAAAUUAUGUGCUCAUGUGUAAUUGUGCUGUAGAGACACUUGCACCAGUGCUAGUCCUGUGUGCUUAUUCAGCCAGCCUGCGGUUAACUGCUAAUCUUCACACCAACGUGUGGGUUCUGUCUCUUUGUGCCUUUUCUCACUCUAGAACCAGUUUCUGUCAGCAUCUUAUUACAUAUGUUCUUAAUCUCAGACAAGCAUAUUAGCGCACACCUGUGUAUCGGAGUAAUAGGCUACUAAAUGCUCUAAAUUGAUGCUGCUCUUAUUUCUCAUCACCAUGCAGCUUUGUGAUCUUGUGCUUGAGCAGACUGUUAUCACUGUGUACUAUUUUUGGUCUUGCUAUGGAAAUGUGCAGCUCAUCAUGUUCGCACAGGUUUGUGGUUUUUAUUUUAGAAAUGGCUAAUCUAAAAGUACUUUUCUUAUAAAGUACAAUAGGGAAUAUCCAUUAAAUCCAGAUGGCUCUUUUGGUUAGACAAUCAUAAGCAUAAGCUAAAUAGCUGACAAAUCAAUCCAUUAACAAAUUUCUGUCUUUAAAAGUUCUUUUUUUUUUAUCAUCAUAACAUAUAAUAGUGAGUUGGAUUUAUUUUAUAGUAAGAUAUUUUAUAGUAGAUUUGUUAAAGUUUGGUGAAUUAUUUUAUUGCAGGUCUCAUGGAAAGUGUUACUGCAUAUAAUUGAUAUAAUUAUUGCUAUAAUCUUUGUACAUAAGCUAUAUUUAUUCUAUAAAAAUGCCCAAGCAGAAAUUUGCCAUAUGCAAAAAUAUGACGUAUUUCUAAUUUUUAAAAAAUCAACCAACUAUCUGUACACACUGAUGAGGACUGAUUUUCAAAUAUUAAUCUAUCUAUUUCUGAACCCUAACACUGCUGUAAAAUGGUUGGUGUUUUAAAUGUGUAAUCUCCACACAGAGGGUAUACAGCAUUUUUUCUUCUUCUAUUUUUUCUUGUAUCCGGCAAUAUCAGAAAGUGAUCAAUUGGAUGUACUUCUGUUUCUCUCUCUCUCUCUCUCCCAUUUGAAGCAGCCAGUUGUUAUUUUAUUUUAAUUUUUUUGGCAGGACUUAAGUAUAAAGUAAUGUAACAAGACCUACAUGUAGACCUUAAACUAUGAGUUAAUAAACCUCUUUUUUAUUAUGCCUUUAUUAGAGUACAGGUAAUUAGGAACUUUAUUGUAUAGGUAAUUAGAUAUACCUGUGAUAAACCUAAUAUUUAUUUAUUCAUCACCACAACUGAUUUAAUUAGAGUUUAAACAGAAUUACCUAUAUUAUCUUUAUCUGUGUGUAUAAGUAGGUACACAUAUCUUGGCUUAUUAGCAUGUGUCCCAAAAACCUAUUUCUUUAUACCAUGUGUGCAAGACACUAAUAUAUUUAUUUAAUACAGUAGUUUUGUAUGAGAUGUUUAGCAAUAGUUAUAAUACACUGGAAUAUAUAAGAGUAUCAUAGUCUGACAACUAAUUUCCCAGUUGCUUAAAAUUAAAGUAAUGAUCUUUGUGAUUUAAAGAGUUUUUUUUUUUUUUUUUUUAAUUAAAUUAAAUAUAAACAUAUCUGUAUGAGUCUGUAUCAUCUGGAGCAAUCUGUUAUAAUCUAUAGGGAACUUCACAAAAGGAUUCUUAAUAAUUGAGUAUCAAAUGUCCAGAAGCAUUUCACUUGUCACAGCUCCUAGAGAUUUCUCAAAUGCACUGCUGCUCUAGGGUAGAAUACAGCUAAUCAUACAUCAAUUACCAUUUACUUUAUUACACCACAGAGUGCAUUGUAAUAGUGUAAAGUAACAGGUUGAUUAUACUGUAAUCAGCAGACCGCUGGAAUGAAGCUUUGACAAGGAUCCUUGAGUACUGCUACUGGUGACUUACAAGAAGUCUCAGCACAUCUCCAUGUUCCCAUGGGUUAUUAUAACUGCUGGUAGCAUUACAUCAUUUGCUUCUGGGCAUUAAAAUGAUUUACCGAUAACUAGUGAAAUUAGUUGAUGCUCUGUUCCUGAGGGACUACAGGUGUGCUAGUGCUUUGUGUAAUACAUUUCCAUUCAGCAUAUAAAUUAUCUAGAUAAAUAAAUUAUGUUGAAAUGACAGACUCUGGCUAUAUUUAUGACAAUGUUGAGUUAUUUUGAACUAGUCUUUAUGUAUUACACAUUUGAAAUUUAUACAGGUGACUACGAAGGUUUGCGCAUGUGCACCUUGAACAUCUAAUUUAUUUUGGUUAUUUAUGUGUCUGAGGGAGUUAUUUUCACACCUUUCCACUUUAGUGUUUUUUUUGUUUCUUCCAUUCAUGAUUUAUGGUAACUAUUCCUAAACAUUUUGAUAUCACACCAUUUUUGUUGCAGGUCUAGUCAUUGUUUAUCUGAUCCUAUUGACUCCUAACUCAACUGCUCACUU